CCCCAACACCUAAAAUCAAGAUAAAAUUGGGACCGAACCGGGUCAAGACAGGACGAGAACAAGACUAGGUUGUAUCCAAUCCAAUCUUUGGUCCUUAUAUUCCCGAAAAAACCAGACUGGGAACGGAUCAAUUUGGUCCAAUUUAACCGGACCGUAUAGCUACCCCUAGCCUCCAGAAUCGAAAGAAAUUGGCAUUUCGGAUAAAUCGCCCGAAAUCUGUAAUGGUACCCCUUUGGAAUCUGCCAAAAAUUGACCCGGAAUAAAUCCGCCCAAAUCGGUGCUUAAUGGACUCAAUCAUCGUUGGAGAAUAGGAUCAAUCGACUUCAUUAUCGGCGGAGAAUAGCCUCGGCCUGAUUCCGUGAUCUCUAGCAUCCAUAAUCGAAAGAAAAUGGCUUUUCGGAUAAAUCGCCUGAAAUCUAUGAUGGUACCCCUUUGGAAUCUGCCAAAAAUUGACCCGGAAUAAAUCCGCCCAAAUUGGUGCUUAAUGGACUCAAUCAUCGUUGGAGAAUAGCCUCAGGCCGAAUCCGUGAUCUGUAGCAUUCAAUAUCCUAAGAAAAUGGCCUUUCGUUGCCCAAGAAAUUACAAAAAUGCCAUUCGAAAAUAAAUUGGCCCAAAUCGAUGCUUAACGGACUUAUCAUCAUUCGAGAAUAGGAUCAAUCGACUUCAUUAUCGGAGGAGAAUAGUCUCGACCUGAUUCUGUGAUCUGUAGCAUCCAGAAUCGAAAGAAAAUGGCAUUUCGGAUAAAUCGCCCAAAAUAUGUGAUGGUACCCCUUUGGAAUUUGCCAAAAAUUGACCGGGAAUAAAUCCGCCCAAAUAGGUGCUUAAUGGAAUCAAUCAUCGUUGGAGAAUAGCCUCAGGCCGAAUCCGUGAUCUGUAGCCUUCAAUAUCCAAAGAAAAUGACAUUUAGUCGCCCAAGAAAUUACGAAAAUGCCAUUCGAAAAUAAAUUGGCCCAAAUCGAUGCUUAACGGACUCAUCAUCCGUGGAGAAUAGGAUCAAUAGACUUCAUUAUCGGUGGAGAAUAGCCUUGCCCUGCUUCCGUGAUCUGUAGCCUCCAUAAUAGAAAGAAAAUGGCAUUUCGGAUAAAUCGCCCGAAAUCUGUGAUGGUACCCCUUUGGAAUCUGCCAAAAAUUGACCCGGAAUAAAUCCGCCCAAAUUGGUGCUUAAUGGACUCAAUCAUCGUUGGAGAAUAGCCUCAGGCCGAAUCCGUGAUCUGUAGCAUUCAAUAUCCUAAGAAAAUGGCCUUUCGUUGCCCAAGAAAUUACGAAAAUGCCAUUCGAAAAUAAAUUGGCCCAAAUCGAUGCUUAACGGACUUAUCAUCCUUGGAGAAUAGGAUCAAUCGACUUCAUUAUCGGUGGAGAAUAGCCUCGACCUGAUUCCAUGAUCUGUAGCAUCCAGAAUCGAAAGAAAAUGGCAUUUCGGAUAAAUCGCCCAAAACAUGUGAUGGUACCCCUUUGGAAUCUGCCAAAAAUUGACCAGGAAUAAAUCCGCCCAAAUCGGUGCUUAAUGGACUCAAUCAUCGUUGGAGAAUAGCCUCAGGCCGAAUACGUGAUCUGUAGCCUUCAAUAUCCAAAGAAAAUGGCCUUUCGUCGCCCAAGAAAUUACGAAAAUGUCAUUCAAAAAUAAAUUGGCCCAAAUCGAUGCUUAACGGACUUAUCAUCCGUGGAGAAUAGGAUCAAUAGACUUCAUUAUCGGUGGAGAAUAGCCUCGGCCUGAUUCCGUGAUCUGUAGCCUCCAGAAUCGAAAGAAAAGGGCAUUUCGGAUAAAUCGCCCGAAAUUUGUGAUGGUACCCCUUUGGAAUCUGCCAAAAAUUGACCCAAAAUAAAUCCGCCCAAAUCGGUGCUUAAUGGACUCAAUCAUCGUUGGAGAAUAGCCUCAGGCCGACUCCGUGAUCUGUAGCCUUCAAUAUCCAAAGAAAAUGGCCUUUCGUCGCCCAAGAAAUUACGAAAAUGUAUUCGUAAAUAAAUCGGCCCAAAUCGAUGCUUAAUGGACUUAUCAUCCGUGGAGAAUAGGAUCAAUAGACUUCAUUAUCGAUGGAGAAUAGCCUUUGCCUGAUUCCGUUAUCUGUAGCCUCCAAAAACGAAAGAAAAUGGCAUUUCGGAUAAAUCUCCCGAAAUCUGUGAUGGUACCCCUUUGGAAUUUGCCGAAAAUUGACCCGGAAUAAAUCCGCCCAAAUCGGUGCUUAAUGGACUCAAUCAUCGUUGGAGAAUAGCCUCAAGCCGAAUCCGUGAUCUGUAGCCUUCAAUAUCUAAAGAAAAUGGCCUUUCGUCGCCCAAGAAAUUACGAAAAUGCCAUUCGAAAAUAAAUUGGCCCAAAUCGAUGCUUAACGGACUUUUCAUCCGUGGAGAAUAGGAUCAAUAGGCUUCAUUAUCGGUGGAGAAUAGCCUCGUUCUGAUUCCUUGAUCUGUAGCCUCCAGAAUCGAAAGAAAAUGGCAUUUCGAAUAAAUCGCCAGAAAUCUAUGAUGGUACCCCUUUGGAAUCUGCCAAAAAUUGACCCGGAAUAAAUCCUCCCAAAUCGGUGCUUAAUGGACUCAAUCAUCAUUGGACAAUAGCCUCAGGCCAAAUCCGUGAUCUGUAGCCUUCAAUAUCCAAAGAAAAUGGCCUUUCGUCCCCCAAGAAAUUACGAAAAUGUCAUUCAAAAAUAAAUUGGCCCAAAUCGAUGCUUAACGGACUUAUCAUCCGUGGAGAAUAGGAUCAAUAGACUUCAUUAUCGGUGGAGAGGGAUGGGAUUUUUAAUCCCCCCAUCCAUUGAUUUGUGCGGCUACAGAGAGAGGGGUGGGAUUUUUAAUCCCCCAUCUAUUGAUCUGUGCGGCCAGAGAGAGAGAGAGUGAUUUGUGCGGCCAGAGAGAGAGAGAGAGAUUUUCCGGUGACAGUGCUUUGUGAUGUUUGUUGACAUAUUUUAUAAUGUUUGUACACUUUGUUAUUUUGUAAUGUUUGUAAACUUUGUUAUUUUUGUCAACCAUGUUUGUAAUGUUUUUUAUGUCUAAAAAACAACCUGGUUGACUUUUGGAUGGAACUUCUCUAUAUAGGGAUGAAGCCUCCAAAGUCAACCCGGGUGUUUUUGACUUUUUUCAGUUCGUAUGGAUUGUCGGUCUAGUUUGUCAUUUUUGUCCACCAUGUUCGUACUGUUUUGUAUGUCUAAAAAACACCCGGGUUGACUUUGGGAAGGAGCCCCUCUAUAUAGGGAUGGAGCCUCCAAAGUCAACCCGGUUGUUUUUUCUUUUUGUAUGGUUUGUAUCGUUUGUCGGUCUAGUUUGUAUUGUUUGUACAGUUCAUACGUUUGUAAUGUUUGUGAAUCUGUUUGUAUGUUUUGUCGCUCUAGUUUGUAUUGUUCGUAUGUUUGUAUGAUUUGUACUGAUUGUAAAUCCGGUUUGUAUACUUCGUAAUUUUCCAUAAUACCCAAACUACUCGUGUCAUUAAUUAAAUAGCCAUUCCCACUUUUUAACCAUUGGAUUGAAGUGUCCAGAUCUAAUAGUUAAGAGGGGCUUUAGUCAAAGUGACUAAGAACCACUUAGUGAUGGGAUCCGCUCUCGCUCUCAAGCUGGCCGGUUUGGCCCUGCAAAACAAAUCUGGCCGGGUGAAGGUGCCAGAACCCGGCAACAAAGCUCCUCCAAAGUCCAAACCCUACAAAAACCCUACCGGUAAAACCUCCGCGACUCUUCUCUCUCUUUUCCCACUCCUAAGCCUCCACUGCAACUGUCUUUCUUCCCCUUCAAGCCAGAACCUUCUCUGCCGCCCAAAAAGCCCUCAAAUUUAUCCCCACAUCCGGAAAUUCCCCCCUCCCAAGCUUCUCCCACAUAUGGUUUAUCCUUCAGUCUAGCACCAGAAGGAAGAGCAGCGUAAGAAGAAGCCCCCGUCCCCCAAAAAUGGUGAAAGCGUCGGCAAUUGGGCUGGUCUCAGCCCUUGCGGCCGCUGCUUCAAUCUCCCAAUCGAAGCACUCUAAGAUUGCUUACGCCGAUGGCCCUACUUUCAACUUCAACCCAUUCUCCACUAAUCCUCAGAAUGGUGCUAACCCGCCUCAGAACUCCCCGCAGUCGCACGAAUCGCCGCCGGUGGACCCGGCGCUGGCUGCCCUCGCCACUGAUUCCGUCCCCAAGGGUUCCAGAAAUGACAACCCGAGAACUUCCUCCGCUGGGUUUGACCCAGAAGCCCUCGAGAGGGGCGCCAAGGCCAUCAAAGAGAUUACCUCUUCCUCUCACGCUAAAAAGGUGUUUGAGGCAUUGAGGACGCAGGAGGAAACUAGGCAGAAAGUGAUGGCUACUAAAGCUGCAGAGUUCAAGGCUGCUCAAGCUCAAGCUGAAACUGAAAGGCAAAGGGUUAUGUAUGAUGAGCAGAAGAAGUUGGCUUCACAUCAAGCCCAAGUUAAGUCGCAGAUGGCUCGAUAUGAGGAUGAACUAGCAAGGAAGAGAAUGCAGGCUGAUAAUGAACACCAAAGAGCGAGGAAUCAAGAGCUCGUCAAGCUGCAAGAGGAGUCGUCGAUCCGGCAGGAGCAAGCUCGACGAGCUACAGAGGAACAGAUCCAGGCUCAACGAAGACAAACCGAGAGGGAGAAGGCCGAGAUAGAGCGAGAGACAAUCAGAGUGAGAGCUAUGGCAGAGGCAGAAGGGCGAGCCCACGAGGCAAAGCUGGCUGAAGAUGUCAACAGAAGAAUGCUGGUUGAUCGUGCAAAUGCUGAACGAGAGAAGUGGGUUGCUGCCAUCAAUACUACGUUCGACCACAUUGGCGGGGGAUUGAAAGCGGUUUUGACUGAUCAGAAUAAGCUGGUUGUUGUGGUUGGAGGAGUGACCGCUCUUGCAGCAGGAAUUUACACAACAAGGGAAGGUGCGAAAGUGAUGUGGAGCUACGUAGAUAGGAUACUAGGACAACCUUCCCUAAUCAGGGAGUCCUCCAGAGGGAAGUACCCUUGGUCUGGAAUUUUCAAACGCGGCAUGAGCACUUUGACCUCCAAAGGAGCUCCUGCUCCUAAUGGAAACGGGUUCGGGGAUGUCAUCUUACAUCCUUCUCUCCAGAAGAGAAUUCAACAGUUGGCUAGUGCAACUGCUAAUACGAAAUCUCAUCAAGCACCAUUCAGGAACAUGCUCUUCUAUGGCCCUCCUGGGACUGGGAAAACCAUGGCCGCCAGAGAACUCGCUCGUAAAUCAGGAUUAGAUUAUGCAUUGAUGACCGGUGGUGAUGUUGCUCCAUUAGGCUCUCAGGCUGUUACCAAGAUCCAUCAAUUGUUUGAUUGGGCGAAGAAGUCUAAGAGAGGCUUGUUGCUGUUCAUAGAUGAAGCAGAUGCGUUCCUAUGCGAGCGGAACAAGAUUUACAUGAGCGAGGCACAACGAAGUGCGCUGAAUGCACUCCUCUUCCGAACUGGAGACCAGUCCAAGGACAUAGUCCUAGCCCUAGCCACGAACAGGCCCGGAGACCUUGACUCAGCUGUGGCAGACCGUGUGGAUGAGGUCCUCGAGUUCCCCUUACCCGGUGAAGACGAACGGUUCAAGCUCCUGAAACUUUACCUUGACAAGUACAUCGCUCAGGCAGGAUCGAGACAAUCCAAGGGCAACUGGCUGAAGAGGUUGUUCAGUAGACAACAGCAGCAAAGAAUCGAGAUCAAAGGGUUGACCGACGAUAUCCUUAGAGAAGCAGCAGCGAAGACCGAGGGAUUCUCCGGACGAGAGAUUGCGAAGCUGAUGGCUGGGGUUCAAGCUGCAGUGUACGGAAGCCAUGACUGCGUGCUGGACCCGAAUCUGUUCCGGGAAGUAGUGGACUACAAAGUUGCAGAGCACCAGCAGAGGAGUAAGCUUGGGUUGCAAUCGGAUGGGAAGAGCAACUGAUUUGGGUUGUGAGAGAGGUUCUGGUGUUUGUGGCGGAUGGUAUUACUUUGCUGCUCUUAUGCUAACCAGAGAGGCCAAUGGAUUGGUUGUCUUGCUUCAUAAUGUGAGUUAUGAUCGUCAUAUUAAUCCACGUGAUUGAAUUUGUCUGAAAAUUUUGCUAGUGGGAUCGAUAGAUAAUAAUAAUUCUUUUCUCGUGCUUUGAUUCUUGGUCAUUUUGUCCUAAAACGGAAGGAUUAAGGAUGUGAAGCAUUGCACUAUCAACAAUGGCACUACUCUCAAAACAAUAAAUGGGCAUGAUAUGC